AUGCUCAUGGAGGGCAUUGAAGCUAUUGCCGAGGCGGCGCAGUCUCCAAAGGCGGAGGCGCACUCGCCGACAGGACCCGAAAUGAAGCAGGAAUCCCCGAGUCUUGUCACCGAUCUGGGCGAGACCCCCCAAUUCCCACUCAAGCGACCCCGCGAUUCGAGCGCAGACGAUCCAGAUGCCGAGUCCAAGAGGUUAAAGGUUGACGAUGAGGGUCCGCCUCUGGAUCUCAACUUCGACAUGGACGCUAUGAUUCAGGGCGUCAUGAUGGACAUCAACAACGAGAUGGGCAAGGUCGACGGUCUGGAUUCUGUCCCUGACGUGGACAUGUCCGGAGACCCUCUUGGAUCCGUGUCGCAAGAGCCUCCCCCAUCCACCGAGUCCCAUACGCCUGUUCUCUCCGAACCGCUGGCCUUGAUGCGACGGACAACUACCACUUGUUUGUCAAACUUUGCUCUGCAGCUGCUUGUGAUCCUGUCGCAACAUGUCUUCGACGACGUAUACCGACAAUUACAAGAGAAGGACUCCGAAGUCUCCAAAUCCUUUGCCACGAUAAAAUCUCUGUUCCAACAGACGCGAGCGAUCUACUCGACUACCGACCUUAUCCUGGAUCCUGCCACGCUGGAUCUUAUGAUGCCGGACAACCUCACCGAUGUCCAAGUCGCAAACCUUGCGAGUUUUUGCUGCGCGCUCUUUUCGUUCGAUGGACACCAUGAUUCCACCUCAAAGGAGCUGCUCGCUUUGCAAGAUCACUUCUUCUCGGUUUUUCUGCCUGGUGGCGAGCACGACACGGUCACGCAAGAGAUUUCUGAUCUCUUCGUAGCUGUCAAGACGCACCUCGUCAUUGACGCAGUCACGACAGCGGACCAGUCAGCGCCGGUCGACCAACUAAUUGCCGAUGCUUUCUCUGCUGAUUUGGAGGAUAAGCUACGCGCAAGGCACGGGGGCUCAACUUUGACGACUGAGGAGCAGUCACUAGUCACUGCUGUGCAAGAACGGAAGGCGGCUCUGAUCUCAUACGCCUCGGGUCUCCCAGACACCGUUCUUCUCAAGAUCGGCUACCCAGAUGAAGACCUUUUCCGCUUACUUAACAUGUACCUGCGUCGCAAGCUGCAAUCUCUGGCAGGUCUUGCUUCAAGACACGGCAUUGAGCUUCCGUCAACAAUGUCGAACGGCGACCUGGACACAUCGGUAUCUCACGAUUUGGAUGAUCUAGGAAUCAACUCCUUGCUCGAGGCAACAGACGGCCUCGUUGCACAGUACCUCCCGACCGACGCCAUCGAUGGCUUGCCUCACGACCCUCAGCCUCCCGUCCCGUCGACCGAGACCAGUGCUCCUCCCGCAGAGCCCGCCGCCGCACCCGCACCUGAAGCCCCCCCUCCUGCGCCGACAACGAACGGAAACACGGCCGAAGUCCAAGACUCAACGAACGAUAUCCUUGCCCUGGUCGCGCAAAGCACACAAGAAUACGUCCGAACAACCCUCAACAACCUCUCGCCAGCACCGUACCAACCGACAGUACCAACGCCCACGGGAGCUGCUCCUGUCACACAAACGACGUACCUUUCACACUUGCAACAAACCCAGGCUCAGUCACCGUACUAUGGCUACCCUCCGCCAGUCGAGCAGCCACCUCCGCCGGCACAGCACGACAACUCAGAGAAGCUGCCCCCCAGCCAGUCACUGCCUAGUGCAGUGCUCUAUGAUAGAGCGAGGCAAGCGGCGCUCAGCAAGACGAACAAUCAGCAGAGGAGAGAAGGAACUACGUCAACAAGACGUCCCUGGACUCAAGAGGAGGAGAAGGCGUUGAUGACCGGUCUGGACAUGGUCCAGGGCCCCCACUGGAGUCAAAUCUUGUCGCUCUUUGGUGCUGAAGGCACGCUCUCAAACAUACUCAAAGACCGGACUCAGGUGCAACUCAAGGACAAGGCACGAAACCUGAAGCUCUUCUUUCUGAAGACCAACUCAGAGAUGCCGUACUAUCUGCAAGCCGUCACCGGUGAACUCAAGACGAGAGCGCCGACCCAGGCAGCCAGAAAGGAGGCCGAAGAGAGGGCACGCAUGAACUCAGAGGAGGAGCAGGCGCGUGUUCAAGGAAUUAUGACUCUUGCCGGUGGCCUUCAGCAUCCUCAGCAAAACCGCGCGAGCGCGACACCGGCUACUGCGCCCAGCACGCCCUCGCAGUCCGCAGCCCAAAUGUCACAUCAUCUCGCUCAUGCUACUACGCCAACACAUGCCGCUGUUUCCGGGCCACCAGCGACACCCGCCACGGCCACGCCAACCCACAAUCGUGUACUGCCGGCUUCCUCACCUUAUGCGGCAACAGCAGCUCAGCUUUCCCACACACCUCAUGCCCUGUCACAGCCACCUCACACCCCGACACAUUCCCACAUCCAGCAUCACUCUCAACCUGGAACGCCGCAGCCGCAGCAGCACCAGCAGCAACAACCACAGCAGCAUCAUCAGCAGCCUCAGCAAGAGCAUGUUCAGCCGCAGGUCUCUCAGCCGGCCGAGGCUACCCCCCAGUACUCCACCGACGCCUCUGCGCCUGUGUAUAGCCAGCAGAAUGAUGACCUGAAGGAGGCAGCUCUUAUGCAGAGCCUGCGCGAACUCGAGGCGUACAGUAGCAGCGCCAGCUUGUCUUAG